AUGGCUGCUGCGACUGUUGUGGACGCGUCCCCUGGUAAAGAUGUGGUCGCUGAGGGGCUGCUCGACCUCCUUAAGCCCGCUAUUCAGCAGCUCGACCUUCAUGUUCACUCAGUCAGAGAAAGCCAAGUAGAAUUAAGAGAACAUAUAGACAACCUGGCCACAGAGUUAUGCAGGAUAAAUGAACAUCAGAAGGUAGCACUUGACCUGGAUCCUUAUGUCAAGAAGCUGCUGAAUGCAAGACGUAGAGUAGUACUAGUAAACAACAUACUGCAGAAUGCUCAGGAACGACUGAGGCGCCUCAACCACAAUGUGGCAAAAGAGACAGCACGAAGAAAGACCAUGCUGGAGGCUUCAGGAGUUUUUACGUCCCGCUCCCCCAGUAAACCCUGACGCCUCUCCUGCUUUUCACAGGAAUACUGUGUAUUGAACAGGAGGGACAUGUCAGUACAGGAAACUGUAACAUGAGGAGGACAAGUCUUACUUUGAUAUUUAUUUAGCUGUUUUUCUAAUCACAUGCUGAUGUUCUGCAUUGGUUUGUCUAAUGUCAUCACUAUAAAUACAGGCUACUAUCUGCUUUAUAUUAGGUAAAUGGAUUAUUGUCUAAUUCUCUGACAAAAUGCCUGCUUUUUAUAGUAUCACAAAUUCAUACAUUUUGUAUUGCAAACAUGUUGCCAUUAAAAAAAGUGGUCAUCCACAUUUAUUUUAGUUUCUGUCUUGAUAAAGUGUUCGAAUAUCACUGAACUCUCCCUCUUUGUGUUCCAAAUUGUGUUUAUAGGUGCCUCUGGGUUCUCUAUGAAGCUCUGCUGACAUAAAUGUGUUGUAGCAAAUCACACAACAUAAAGCAUAAUGUUAUGAAAUUGUUUUUAUAGUAGAUGAUGAAAAUUAAACUUUCUUUGUAUGCAAAUUUAAAUAAAGCAAAGAUUUAAAUGUU